AUGGAUCCGAUACAGAUCCCUUCGCGCGACGUCAUCGUAUCUCUCUGCCAAGACGUUCAGUUUGAAACCCACAGCUUCGCCUACAACGAUCACAUUUGGAUCAAAUGUGGCCCGGGUGUGACGUUGGGAGAAGCGGCCAUCCAACGAUACGUGCAUCGCCAUGCCGAUCCUAACAUCGUUCGCAUCCCGGAAGUUUAUGAUGCCUUCACAAGACCACAACCGAAGGCUGCGGCACUGACUUAUAUAGUCAUGGAAAAUGUGAAAGGCGAUAAUUACGCCACCUUCAGCGAAGAGCAUCCCGAAGAGGCGGAACAAGUCCUCGAGGCCAUCGCGAACGCCGUUCGCCACAUCUGGGACAUUCCGCUGCCACCCAACGCUUCCCCAGGACCAUUCGAGCGACAAGUUCCCGUGGACAGAUUAUUCUCUGAUUGCGGGCCAACUAGUGCCUUCAACAACGUAACGGAGAUGGAGGACUGGCUAAAUAAUAGGUUGAAACAGGCAGGCCGACCGGAUAGAAUCAGCCUACAGGGAGAGCCACUUUCCCUGUGCCAUUGUGAUCUCGGACCGUUCAACAUCAGGGUCGGUGAGCCGGUUGCCAUUCUCGACUGGGGCUGCUCUGGUAUCUAUCCUCACACCUUUGAGGAAUUUGCCAUUGUCCACCAAUUCAACCUUCGAGGCGCCAAGUUUGCCAAAGCUCUGCAUCGGCAGCUUUUUGGACCGAAAUUCUCCAAUGGAGGUGUCAUCGGCCUCAGUACCGCCUUCAAACUCCAACAAGAGGGAGUCCCCGUUGUCGUCAUUGCACGAUCCUUCCCAUCUCCAUUCGAAAUAGUCGAUGCUCGCGAAGAGGUAAACUACUCUUCACAAUGGGCCGGGGCUCACAACCGAUAUAUUCCCCCACUUGACGAGGCUGGGAAGCGAGACCAUGACCUUGCCUUGGCUACGUUCCGUCAUAUGGAUGCUCUCGCGAAGGAGAGCCCAGAGGCGGGCAUUACUUUUAUGAAAGGGAUUGAAUAUCUGGAGGCCGGCAUUUCGGGAUACGCCGCUCUUACUACCGAGACGGCCAAGGAACUUGGAUAUGAGGAGUUCAAAGAACUCGACGCGGAACAUCUUCCGGAGGGGGUGGUGCGGGGCUUCGAGUAUCGCACCUGGUGUGUGAAUCCUAUGGUGUACUGCUCCUAUCUGCUUCGUCGCCUCUUUCUCGGCGGGUGUAAGUUCAUCAAGAGGGAUCUCAGGUCACCUAAUGAGGUGUUCUCCAUGGAGGAGCUUGGCGACUUGAGAGCCGUCAUCGAUUGCUCGGGUACCGGAUUCGGUGAUGAGAAGGUCUUUGUUACAAGAGGCCAAACUUGCCUCGUUGCCAACGCCUGCGACGCUACCGUGACACGACAAAACUCUGACGGCACCUGGUCGUUCAGCGUUCCCCGUAAUUUCCACGGCGGAACCAUCAUUGGCGGCACCAAGGAGGUGGACGACUGGAGUUUGGAGCCGUCGGCGGAAACGCGUGCCCGUCUCCUCAAGAACUUCGCGGCGACUUACCCCAAGAUUCUCGAAGACGGCGGUGAGUACAGAGUCCUGAGGGACAUUGUCGGUAGAAGGCCGACGCGAGUCGGAGGCUUGAGACUGGAAAAGGUCGAUGCUGGACCGGGGAGAACGGUUAUACACGCGUAUGGGUUGGGAGGCCGGGGCUAUGAGAUGUCGUGGGGUGUCGCGGAGGCAGUUUUCAGUCUUCUAGAGGAAAACUAA